AUAUCACGAAUUUUUAUCCGCCGCUUUAUAUUCGCUUAACAUUUUCCAGAGCCCCCGGGAGUACACGGAACACGAGAGGCGGCAGCUACUAAUAGCCCGACUGCCAAACGUCGAGACAUUGAACGGCGGCGGCGUGAUAUCGUCUCAGGAGCGCGAGGACGCAGAAAGGGCCUUCAUACGUUAUUACAUGGACAAACCGGAAGCUGAUCGACCCGAAAGGUAUUCCGAGCUCGUGGCUAUUCACGGAAAGUUGGACCCCUUGGUGAACGUAGAUUUGACGCCGGAGAAAAGGGUCAAGGUCACGUUCACUUACGGAGAUCUCGUCGAGGUACGGUCGGUAGAUGUAUAUAGGACAGUUUUUGAAUUAAAAACCAAGUUGGAAAGUAUGGUGAAAAUUCCUGCCAAUAGAAUGAGGCUUUUCUACGUUGAUCAGGAAAUGAAGGCACAGUAUGGACCGGAGGAAAUGCUGUAUCCAAACAAGCAACUCUAUCGAUACAAUAUUAGGAACGGCGACGAGAUCAUCAUUGACAGCAAACUGAAUCGAUUCGCGUCAACGUCGUCGACCACAUCUUCCAUUCGUUCCUGAAGAAGAACGACGAGUGAAUCGUGCGGUAUUGAAAAAAUCCGAUAACUCCUCGGGUUUUGAUCUCCACUUAUAGCCUCACGAUGCGACGCUCAUCGGUGAAUUGUAACAAUACUGUUACAGAUCAAUAGAGAGGCGCGAUUUUCAUGAUUGCGUUUGCUAACACCACCGCGGGUGUCUGAGAAAACCAAAAACUGUUACAAUCCAAGGAGAGAGAGCAAUUCGAGGGCAAAUAUCUCCCUACGUUGAAGUAUACAAGCUAAACGUAUAGAAUUAUUAGGGUUUUACGGAUGUUUGACGUUACCUUAAACCACAAAUGUUUCAAAAACAAUAAUGAGCAGAUAUGUGAGAAAUCUUUAAUUGGCGAAAAUUCGGUAAUUUAUCGGAGACGAAAUUAUCUAAAGACAACGAGUGUUGCCUGAUAAACGGUAUGUCUAGACAUUUUCUGAAAACCAUUGCGAACUACAACCACCAAUGCAAAUGAUCGUCCAUUGCGAUUGUUAGAUAAUUAUUUCUUCGUAUAACAAACUCACCCAGAGACCUCGACAUAUAAACUUAAACCGCUACUAACGAGCCUGGUGCAUAGAGAAUAAUUAUUGUAUCCAGUGUACAAGCGUACACGCGCUUAGAUGGAUAGUUAGCCAUCUUUUUCUUUAACGUAGUAAUUCUCGUCCGUCUUAGGAGACGAAACGUAAUACGGGGAAGCAGGAUUGUACAUAGUGAAUUUCAAUUUCCAGCUAAAUUCGAUGUAGUUACGACGCGAGCAAAGAAGAUUUACCCUAUUUGCUUGACGAGAAAGAAAGUGAUAAGGAAUUCGUAGAAGAUAAUUCUCGACUCAUCUUAGGACGAUGCCAACGACAACUGUAACGUAACGCGCCGCCGUUGAGGCUGCUGUGAAGAGAACGAAAUAUUUUUGUAGAGAUCGCGGGCAGUUACCCUUAAAGAAAGUAUAGGAUCUACUCGUUCAUGAAACGAACGCGUUUUGUUGUUCCCCCCGCUUGAGCACCGGGCAAUGAUGAAAGUGUGUAACGCAGUCGCGAAAAUGCGUGCGGCUCUUUCGCGAAAGUCGCUGGUAAAAGGCAAGAAGAAGCCUUGCACGAAAUUCCCGAGUAAGUUUAAGAGUAGCGGAAUGUAUUUACGCCGCUGAUUCGCGAAAGCGUCGUUCACUUACGUCGUCAUCUCGACAAUUGAUCUCUGUACUUUCCGAAGGUGAUGUAUACUUACGAGUAAACUCUUUCCUCUGUAAACUUUGCGCGAGAUCAAAACGCCUAGGUGUCACGAGCUCGUAAAUUACAACGUGAGUUGUAACGAAUACGCGUGAAACGCGAGAGAAAAUUUGUGAAACCGCGCAGGAGUCGUGCGCGGUUAAAGCUAUGUUUGCUAUCGUCUAUUUUCGACGCGUACUUAACAUCUUCACUUCUCAUCUUCAACAGUUUCUAUGUCUUU